AUGGCUCGGGAUAUGUCAGAUAAGGAAAUCCUGAAAAUGGAAUUGGAUCAAUUGAAGAAGGAAGUUAGCACAGCUAGGACACCAGUGACUGCAAACUGUGCAGACACGAUUGCUUUUGUGGAGGAACGGGCACCAAAUGAUCCGCUGAUUAAGGGUGUUCCAGAUGACAAAAACCCCUACAAAGGAGACAAGGGCGGUUGUAUAAUAACAUAG